AUGUCAGGAGGGAGGGUCAUCGAGGAUGACAAAGAUCGUAGCAUCCCAGCAGCUUGUCCUGUCAUUGAAGCUUUUCUUUCAAAGAGUGUGCCAAUGAAGUCAGAUGCUAACAAGGAAGAAAAUAUCAAUAUCACUAAUCUGCACUAUGAGCUUCUCCAGUUGGAGAAAAACUUGGCUAUAGAGAAAAGGAGGACAAAGGAAUUAAUCGAGCGAACCAAGAAGAUCCAGGGAAGCUCCAAGAUGGCUAAGUAUCUUUUUGGUAAGAUAGAGGAUCUGGAUCUAGGUGAGCUUUAUGAUAUGCAAAGUGAGCUCUCCCGGAUCAAGAAAAUCUUGUGCCAUGAGAAUCAGCCGGUGGUGGUGUCCGGUGUUCAGGAGCGCGAGGACGCGGCGGACGAGCCCGACUCGGACAGUCCGAUCGAAUAUCGAUUCCGACUAGGAAAAGCGAUCGUCCGAACCUCGCCUCCCGGGCCCACGUACAUAUCAGCAAUAAAGCGAUCCCGCUCCGACUCGCCUCCGCCUCCUCUGUCUCUUCCUCCUCUCCCCGCGUCGUCCGCCGCCACGAGCCCAGCGCCGCCUGCCUCCGCACAAACCAGCGCCGCCGCCGACCUCCAUCUCCGCACCAAAACAGCGCCCUCCGCGAGUUCCACCUCAUCCAUGGCGCCUGUCGGAAAGCGCCUUCCCUCCCUCACGGAGGGCGAGCUCCUUGCCGCACGCCUGCGCCGUCGUCGUCGCGUGCUCCGCGCGCUCCCGGCCGCGCCCAAAUCGGAGAGCGCACCCUGCGCCGCCGCACUCGCGAGAUUAGAUUCGUACAAGCGCCUGAGGACGAUCGGGGAGGGGGCGUUCGGCGCCGUCUCGAAGGCGCGCGACAGCCGCACCGGCGAGGUGGUGGCCAUCAAGUGCCUGCGCGAGAAGGGAGGCGGCGGGGAGGCGGCGGCGCUCCUGCGGGAGGCCGCGCUGCUCGCGGCGUGCGCCGCCAACCCCGCCGUGGUGGCGUUCCGGGAGGUGGCCCGCGGCGGAUCGGGGCCGGAGGACCUCCACCUCGUCAUGGAAUUCGUCGGCCGGAGCCUCUACGACGUCAUCAGCGAGCGCCGCCGCCUCAACCUCCCGUUCAGCGAGUCGGAGACGCGACGCGCCAUGGCGCAGCUGCUGGCCGGCGUGGGGACGAUGCACGCCCACGGCAUCGUGCACCGCGACCUCAAGCCCGGGAACGUGCUCGUCGGAGAGCGCGACGGCCGGCUCAAGAUCUGCGAUCUCGGCCUCGCCAGGUCCGUCGCCGCACCGCCGCCGCUGGACGCGGAGCUCGAAGGCACGCCCGGAUACAUGGCGCCGGAGGUGCUCCUCUGCGAGAAGGGCUGUGGAAAGCCCGUCGACGUUUGGGCGCUGGGGUGCAUUAUGGCCGAGCUCGUCGCCGGGCAGUCGCUCUUCCCAGAAGACGACUUGUGCAAGCAGCUGGUGAAUAUCAUCGACCUCCUAGGGAUCCCCGACGAUGUGUCGUUGAUGCCACUGGGCAUCACGGCGGCGGCGCCGAGCAAGCUGCGGGACAAGGUGCCAGAGGAGCAGCUGUCGGCGGCGGGCUUCGAUGUCCUUCGCGGACUGUUGCAGUACCACCCCAAGGACAGGCUCACCGCCGCAGCGGCGCUGCAGAUGCCGUGGUUCGGAUGA